AUGCUCUCCGCAAGCAAGUGCAACGUUCUAGACAUCCACCCGGCUAUUGGCAAGUAUCAUGGCUUGAGUCAGACCUCGCGUCACAAUUACCUUAGAGGGGGGAAACGCCGUCUCCUUUUCACAAUACCAGUGCGGUUUCGUUGGAAGCACCAACAUUGGCAGCUCAGGCCCAUUUGUCUGGUUGACUUUCCUCCGAUAUGCCCUGGAUAUGCCCUAGAUAUAUAUGCCCUCAUAUCCGGCAACGAUGUCCGGCUCCUCUGA